AUUUCCAAUCUUGCUCAAGUUCUCACGAGUUGGUUUGGUCACAAACGCACCCAGGCGUCACCAGACUGUCACACGCUUUCUCUUACAUUAACACUCUCGUGUCUCUUUUAACAUCUUUUCACCUCUCUUCAAGUCCGUGAGCUCGACGUCUCAUAAUGGGUCUGAAUAUUUCGAGAGUUUUCACUCGCCUUUUUGGCACGAGGGAAAUGAGAAUCUUGAUGGUCGGCCUUGACGCCGCUGGUAAGACCACCAUCCUGUACAAAUUGAAGCUUGGCGAAAUUGUGACGACUAUCCCUACAAUUGGUUUCAACGUCGAGACUGUUGAAUAUAAGAAUAUCUCUUUCACGGUUUGGGAUGUCGGAGGGCAAGACAAAAUUCGUCCUCUUUGGAGACAUUACUUCCAGAACACUCAGGGUAUCAUCUUUGUUGUCGACUCUAAUGACCGAGAUCGUGUCGUUGAAGCUCGCGAGGAACUCCAACGGAUGUUGAAUGAGGACGAGCUUCGUGACGCUCUCCUGCUGGUCUUCGCCAACAAGCAAGAUCUUCCUAAUGCAAUGAACGCCGCUGAAAUUACUGACAAACUUGGGCUCCAUGCUCUAAGGAACCGAACCUGGUUUAUACAGGCUGCCUGUGCUACGUCUGGAGAUGGAUUGUACGAAGGUUUAGAAUGGUUGAGCGAUCACAUCAAGCGGGCGGUGUAGUUUUCCGUCGCGCCCCUUAUACUCUACUUUAUCAGCGUUGUAACCCUCACGAUUUUCCACGAUGCCGAAAAUGUAUGAAGUGCUUCGCAUUCGUCACCCCAAAUUCCAUGUUCUUGUUCCUCCUGCUAUUCGGAUUUCCCUCUAUCAUUCUCUUUGCUCAAACUUGUUUUCCAUGAAAAUUCUUCAUCUUUCAUGUACGUAGUCGGACCCGGAUUCUCCACGUAGGGUUCCUAUCUUCUUUAGAAAUCCCACUUUAUUACUGCCUAU